AAAACGUUACCACGUGUUUUUUAUUCACCACCAACAGCAAAUCUCUUUUGUGAGGGAUACGGUUAAACGACUGGAAGAUAUUUAUAAUUAUACAUGUUGCUACGAAGAUAGAGACUCGGUUCCUGGGAUACCCAAAGCUGAGAUGCUGAUUACAUUUAUCAAACAGUCCAUGAAGGUAGUCAUUGUAUUAAGUGAAGCUUUUGUUGGGGAUUGUCGAUGUAUUUACAAGUUAGAUCAAGCAAUGGACGAAUUCCUAGAUCAAAAGUCGGAAAAUCCAGUCCCAUUUCUUGUGCCUAUAACAGUUGAUAACUGUGUUAUACCGCGGUCACUUCGUGUCAUAUCUGUAUGCGAUUUGAAUAAGUCUAAUUGGUGGGACUGCUUCAUUAAAUCUUUACAAGACGACGAUUUACGUGUAGAAUAUAACGCAAAAAGUAGCGAUGGUGAACUUGAAAGUGCAGCAGUAGUAUUGAAAGAAAAAUUAAAUAUUGCUUCUGCGAAGGAAAUGGAGACGUUCUUAUCAAAGCCGAUUGCCUUUGAACUCUCUCACUUUUUAUCACAACACUCAAAGUUAUCGCUCUUUAUUUCAGGAAUGAAAACUUGUGGCAUUGAGUUUAAUGGCAAAUGCCUCACCAUUCGACUUGGAAUUUUUAAGGAGUUUUGGAAUCGAAAUUACCACCUCUCUAACUGUGUCAAGGAACAUUUGCCUCUGUUGCAAAAACAAAUUAACAGAGUAAGGCUGAUAUUUAAAUACAGGACAGAUAUGAUUGAUAGACAAGACUUCCAAAGUAUGAAAGAUUUCAAUCAACUUAUGCAAGCUAUUCUUAAAACACCGCCAAGUAAUUCAACAUGGGGAAUAAUGUGGAACAUGGACGGUGUCGCUUACGAUCGGAGUCUUAGAGAUGUUUGUAGAAGCCUAAUCCAUGAUGCUGUGACGGAAAAAGAAGUACUGCACAUAUCUCAUCCUGAGUUUGCUCUCUAUGAAAGUCGUCUUGAAACAUUAUCAGGAUGGUCGGAAUCGAGGCGUCCCUCAAAAGAAGCCAUUGCUCGUGCUGGAUACUACCGCGAAAAUGCCGUUGUUUUUAGAUGUUUUUAUUGUAAUGGUGUUAGCUGGGAUUUUAAACCAGACGAAGAUCCAUGUGCAAGACAUGCCAAAUGGCUUUUUAAUUGUCCUUAUAUUAAAGAAUUGAAAGGAUUAAAAUUUGUGAAUGAAUGUCGUUUUCAGAAUAGAAAGUUUUCAAUUUAUAAUUCUGCGUUCAAAGAACUUGCAGACAGGCUUAAAACAUAUGAAAGGUGGCCAAUGGUAAGUUUUCCCAAACCAUUUGAUUUGGCAGAUGCCGGAUUCUAUUUUACUGGUACUGAAGACAAAGUAGUUUGCUACAUGUGUGGAUACGGACUUCGAAACUGGACGUUAUCAGAUAACCCUUACGAACGACAUGCAAAAUGUUCACCGGCUUGUGAAUUUAUUAUUCAGAAGAAGGGAAAAUCCUACAUCCAGUGGAUUCAACGUCAGAGAGACGAGAAACAUAGGAACGAAGAAUGUUCUAUAACAUACAGUAUUCAGAUACGAGAACUGAACUCAACUUAAAAGAUUGUUUAGGACGUCAGCUUAUCGUGAAUGCUUGUUAUAAUUGAUACAU